AUGUCAGCAAAGCCAACCGCAUUGACACAUACGCUAAUUUCUAAGCUAAAGUCGCCGCCAACCGCCAUGACUAUACAAAACAGCGAAAUAACCAUUGCACAGAAGUCCGGCGAAAUAGUUACAGUCUCUUCAGAAGCAAAAGAAAGAAAAGUUCUAGUAAAGGAUAAAAACACAACAACAGCCAUUUGUGCUGUAGAUGGCAUUCUACUGGUGGGUGCUCGUACGGGAGAAAUUAAAUCUCUCUGUGAUAAAAAGUAUAAAAGAAUCUCAAAAAGGCAUAGGGGACAGAUUAUAUCAAUACACGCGAUAAAAACAGAGAAUAAUGAGACAGAAAUUAUUACUACCUCGGCAGACCAUAGAGUGUUUUUGUGGAAGCUAGAUAUUAAUGAGUCAAAGGGGUCUAAAACUGUUCAUCUUCUUUUUAUGAAAGCGCUGUAUGGACCAAACACCCCAAUUAAGUCCACAUCUAUGUCUCCAGACAAAAAGCUUCUUCUGUGCACAGCAGAGCUAACAGAGACUGUGCGAAUAUUUAAACUGGAAAAAGACACACAGCUUUUGUUUAAUCUUAAAGACGGCCAUGCGCUAUAUGGUGCGUUUGUAACAAACGAGCAAUUUAUAGUUAUGUCAAAUCGAAGCACUCUCCAUCUAUAUAAUAUAAAUAAGACAGAUCCUGUUAAGAGUCUGCACAUACCAACAGAGGAUGAAGCAUCUGCUGAAGUCUCUUCAUUAAAGCUUAUUUCUCCAGGGACCGCGGCAAUCGGCUUCUCGAAUGGACAGAUAAUUAUUGUCUCAAUUGCAGAAACCGCAGAAAUUUUAAGCUAUUGCCAAAUAGAUGGCAUUCCAAAUGACUUUAUGCAAAAAGAAUCGACUUUGUACGUGGCUGCAGGAAAAGAGGAGAGUCAUUCUCGUUUCUUUGUUAACAAAUCCUUUUUAAACGGUUUUGUUGCUAUUCCAAUGUAA